AUGAUCAGGAAUCGGAAGCAGACGGGAGAAUAUGAAAAGAAAAGUGAAGAAAGGAAGAACAGGCCCGCAGGACGGCGAUGCUGCAAAUGCAAGGAGUUGAAUGCAUGGCGCAUUAAGUUAAGGCAAUGUGGACAUUUCGUUUGCAUUGCGUGCAUUCUCGAACAUCUCAAGUAUUGGAUUGGGGAAGAAAACAAAGCACGAAUUAAAUGUGCAAAGAGGACAUGUCCCAACCGUAUUCAUGAAAAUGAUAUUGACGCCGUGCUUGAUCCUGAUAAUGACGACUUGGAGAUUUUUAUGAAAAGAGCAAAACGCGAGUAUUUAUUGCAUGAGCAUCGAAAGCAUAGCAUCUAUUAUGCAUUUGGAGGAUUGAUACAAAGGUGUCCACUUUGUAAGGCACUUUACACGGAAUAUGAUGGUUGCAACUUUGUGCAAUGCGUUAAUAUAAGAUGUAAACAACAAUUUUGUUGGGUAUGUAAUGAACCUACAGAAUCACUGCAACAUUUCGCUGGUGGAAGAUGUAAACUUGGAUGGGAUGAUUUAUUCAAGAUUUGUUUCAUACUCAAAUUUCUGGCAUUCACCGAAGGAUUUUUGCUCGUCAUUUUUUUACCAUUCGUUAGCACAACUUUAAUAUAUUUUGGACCGUUAUUAGUGUUGAUCACACUGCCUUACCAAAUAAUUUUGUUGUUUCGAGAAUGCAUGCGUCGAAUGGGUAAAACACCGUGGACAAUUACUACCUUGGCAGUACUGUUGUAUCCGAUCAUGAUGUUGGCAGCAGUACCUUUCGCUAUAGGUUCAUUGGUAUUUUUAAUACCCGUGUCAACUGCAUACUGCAUCAUAGCGAUCAUCAAAUGUAUUCCUGCAUUUUCAAGAGCUUGUGAUGUCAUUUACCUUAUGUCAAUGUUAGCUGGUUGUUUCGGCUUAGAUCAAUGGCGUAUUAUUUUGAGGGAAAAUUAUGAAGCCAAUCGUCAACAUGAAAUAAAAAUUGCGCAAGAAGAAGAAGAAUUGAGCGAAAGGGACAAAUUACCGACAUGUUUGAGACACAUGAAGAUCUUUGUGAGUAAUAGUAAUGAUCAAUGUAUGAUCAAGCAAUGA